GCAAUGGCUGCCGGCGACCUGCAGGUGCUCACGGCGGUCGACGCCGCCAAGAUGCAAUCACACCUCUUCACGGCCGUCGUCGUCGCCGGCAUGGGCUUCUUCACCGACGCCUACGACCUCUUCUGCAUCUCCCUCGUCACCAAGCUCCUCGGACGCAUCUACCACCGCGUCGACGGCUCCGCGGCACCCGGCACCCUCCCGCCCCACGUCUCCGCCGCCGUCAACGGCGUCGCUUUCGUGGGGUGGGCAGUGGGCACGCUCUCAGGGCAGCUCUUCUUCGGCUGGCUGGGCGACAAGCUCGGCCGUAAGAAGGUCUAUGGCAUGACGCUCAUGCUCAUGGUCCUCUGCUCCCUCGCCUCGGGCCUCUCCCUGGGCCACACCCCGGCCUCCGUCAUGGCCACGCUCUGCUUCUUCCGCUUCUGGCUCGGCUUCGGCAUCGGCGGCGACUACCCGCUCUCCGCCACCAUCAUGUCCGAGUACGCCAACAAGAGGACGCGAGGGGCCUUCAUCGCCGCCGUCUUCGCCAUGCAGGGCUUCGGCAUCAUGGCCGGCGGCCUCGUUGCCAUCGUGGUGUCCGCCGCGUUCAAGGCCCGCUUCCCGGCCCCCGCGUACGACGCCGACCCCGCCGGCUCCACGCGGCCGCAGGCCGACUUGGUGUGGAGGAUCAUCGUCCUGAUGCUGGGCGCGAUGCCGGCGGCGCUGACCUACUACUGGCGCACCAGGAUGCCCGAGACAGCGCGGUACGCGGCGCUGGUGGCCAAGAACACCAAGCAGGCCUGCUCCCGCGAAGAACCAACAGCAGCAGCAGCAAGACAGCAGCAGCAGCAAGAGUUCGGGCUCUUCUCCCGCGAGUUCCUCCGGCGCCAUGGCGUCCACCUGCUGGGCACGUCGGCGACGUGGUUCCUGCUGGACAUCGCCUUCUACUCGAUGCAGAACCUGUUCCAGAAGGACAUGUUCAGCGCGGUGGGGUGGAUCCCCAAGGCGGCGAGGAUGAGCGCGCUGGAGGCGCUGAUCGCGCUGUGUGGCACGGUGCCGGGCUAUGUUAGGAAUAAACCCGCCAUGGGAGGAGAUGUCCGGGCGUGCAGCUAG